AUGUCCCGCCGUGUCUCGGUGCCCCCCGUACCCCGGACUCCAUUUCCAGGCAUGCCUUGCACCCCCCGGCCCCCAGUCCCGAUGGGACCCGGCACCGGCUUCGCGCCCCCCGCAGCUUCGGGCAGCGGCGGCUGCAGCACCGGCGGGGCUGGGGACGAGGGACCCGAGUGGCCAGGGGUGGCGGGCAGGGCCAGGGGCCGCAAGGACGCAGCGGUGCUCCCGGUGCCCGCCCCCCCGAGCCGAGCGGGGCGGAGCGGCAGGACUACACCUCCCGUGCUGCACCGGCGGCGGGCGGCCCUCCCGGGCUGACGCUGCCGGCGGCUCCCGGCGCCGCCUUUGUCCGUGCGGGGCUGGCGGCGCGGCCCCGGCGCAGGUGGGGAAGGUUUGCGUACUCGGGAGCUUCCAAAACUCCUCUUUUUGAGGCUCUUUCUCGCCUUUACCCCGAGGCGGCCGGGUCGGGACCAUCUGUCCUGGCUGUGCUGGUGCGGCUGGUGACGGGACAGGCAUCUCGAGUGGAAUCCGGAGCAUCCCGCCUCCCUCUUCCCGGAUCAAUACCUGCACGGGCCUCCAUCUCCGCGCCGAGAGCAGCGACGCGCCGGGCUCCAGGCUGCUGCGGCAAGGUUACUCCCAGCUCUCCCAGCGCUGCUCUCAUGAUGCCAGAGCCGCCGCUGUCAGUGGGGCCCUGCUUGGCAGCGUCUGGAUUUCAGCAGAGGUGUUUAGCAACCAUGCGGUGGGGUGUGCUGAGCCGGGUGUGCUUCUUACUGCAGAUGUCGCUGACGUUUGAGGACGUGGCGCUCUACUUCUCCCCCGAGGAGUGGGCAAAGCUGUCGGGCUGUCAGCGGCAGCUCUACCGGGAGGUGAUGCUGGAGAACUACCAGAUGGUCGCCUCGCUGGGCUGGGCCAAUGUCAAACCAGAGAUCAUCUGCAAGAUGGAGCGAGAAGAGACACCGUGUGUGCCAGAGCCCCCCGGGGAGGAGCAGAGGGACCAGAGCCCUGUGCCAGCUGUUGGCCCCGGGACCCAGAGGGAGGUCAAGGGAGUCAGGAGCUUUGUCCAGAGGCAGCACCUGCUGAGUCACCAGCAUGUUCACAGUGGGGAGAAGCCUUUCAGCUGCACUGACUGUGGCAAGAGCUUCAGUGCCAAGAGGUAUCUCAUCAUCCACCAGCGUAUCCACAUCGGGGAGAAGCCCUUCAGCUGCACGCAGUGUGGUAAGAGCUUCAGGGAGAAGAAGACCCUCAUCAACCACCAGCGCAUCCACACCGGUGAGAAGCCCUUCACCUGCACUGACUGUGGUAAGAGCUUUAGCUGGAAGAGUAGCCUGUUUGGGCAUCAGAGCAUCCACACCGGGGUGAAGCCCUUCACCUGCACAGAAUGCGGUAAGAGCUUUGGCCAUAAAAGAAGCCUGCUUGGGCACCAGCGCAUCCACACUGGGGAGAAGCCCUUCACCUGCACCGACUGCGGCAAGAGCUUCAGAGUUAAGUGGAGCCUCAUCAUCCACCAGCGCAUCCACACCGGGGAGGAGCCCUACAAGUGCUGCAAGUGUGGCAAGACCUUCAAGCAGAAGAGGCUACGAAAUCGUCACCAGCGCAUCCACACCGGGGAGAAGCCCUUCACCUGCACUGACUGUGGCAAGAGCUUCAGAGCCAAGAGGUAUCUCAUCAUCCACCAGCGCGUCCACACCGGGGAGAAGCCCAUUGCCUGCACCGACUGUGGCAAGAGGUUCAGCCAGAAGAGCAGCCUGCUGACUCACCAGCGCAUCCAUACUGGGGAGAAGCCAUUCACCUGCACUGAGUGCGGUAAGAGCUUUACCCGCAAGAACAGGCUCCUGAUUCACCAGCACAUCCACACCAGGGAGAAGCCCUUCACCUGCACUGAGUGCGGUAAGAGCUUUAGCCACAAGAACAGGCUCCUGAUUCACCAGCACAUCCACACUGGGGAGAAGCCCUUCACCUGCAACAACUGUGGCCAGAGUUUCAGGGCAAAGAAGACCCUCGUCCUCCACCAGCGCAUCCACACUGGGGAGAAGCCCUUCACCUGCAGCGAGUGUGGUAAGAGCUUCAGGGAGAAGAAGACCCUCAUCAACCACCAGCGCAUCCACACCAGGGAGAAGCCCUUCACCUGCACUGACUGUGGCAAGAGCUUCAGUGAGAAGAAGACCCUCAUCAUCCACCAGCGCAUCCACACCGGGGAGAAGCCCUUCGCCUGCAACAACUGUGGCCACAGUUUCAGGGCAAAGAAGACCCUCGUCCUCCACCAGCGCAUCCACACUGGGGAGAAGCCCUUCAAAUGCACCGAGUGUGGUAAAUGCUUCCGGGAGAAGAAGAACCUCAUCAACCACCAGCGCAUCCACACUGGGGAGAAGCCCUUCACCUGCACCGACUGUGGCAAGAGCUUCAGCGCCAAGAGGCGUCUCAUCAUCCACCAGCGCAUCCACACCGGGGAGAAGCCCUUCAGCUGCAACAACUGUGGGAAGAGCUUCAGGGCAAAGGAUACCCUUGUCUUCCACCAGCGUAUCCACACCGGGGAGAAGCCCUUUUCCUGCAAUGACUGUGGCCAGAGCUUCAGGGAGAAGACGACCCUCAUCAUCCACCAGCGCAUCCACACUGGGGAGAAGCCCUUUGCCUGCAAUGACUGUGGCCAGAGCUUCAGGGAGAAGAAGAAACUCAUCGUCCACCAGCGCAUUCACACCGGGGAGAAGCCCUUUACCUGCACCGAGUGCAGUAAAAGCUUCAGCCGGAAGAGAAGCCUGCUUGUGCACCAGCGCAUCCACACCGGGGAGAAGCCCUUCACCUGCACCGACUGUGGCAAGAGCUUCAGGGCAAAGACGACCCUCAUCGUCCACCAGCGCAUCCACACCGGGGAGAAGCCCUUCACCUGCACCGACUGUGGUAAGAGCUUUAGACAGAAGAGAAGCCUUCUUGGGCACCAGAGCAUCCACACCGGGGUGAAGCCCUUCACCUGCACGCACUGCGGUAAGAGUUUCAUCCAGAAGAGAAGCCUGCUUGGGCACCAGCGCAUCCACACCGGGGAGAAGCCCUUCACCUGCACCGACUGCGGCAAGAGCUUUAACCGGAAGAGUAGCCUGCUUGGGCACCAGCGCAUCCACACCGGGGUGAAGCCCUUCACCUGCACGGAAUGCGGUAAGAGCUUUGUCCAUAAAAGAAGCCUGCUUGGGCACCAGCGCAUCCACACUGGUGAGAAGCCCUUCACCUGCACCGACUGCGGCAAGAGCUUCAGAGUUAAGUGGAGCCUCAUCAUCCACCAGCGCAUCCACACCGGGGAGGAGCCCUACAAGUGUUGCAAGUGCGGUAAGACCUUCAAGCAGAAGUGGCACCCGAUGAGACACCAGUGUGUGCCGAAGGACCCAGAUAUUGUGCUGGAGGGUGUCCAGCAGAAGAGGGAGGGUCCUUCCCCAGCAGGGGGGCAGGCAGAGGCCAAGCCCUUCCAGUGCGGUGUCUGCGAGAAGCGGUUUUGGAAGGAGAGGCUCAUGCUGGCUCACCAGCGCACCCACGGCACCCCCAGCCUGCAGCCGCCUCCGCAGCCUGGCACUGUGGACAGGUUUUGAUAGAUAAAGAUUUGUUGCUGAAUUAGUCAGGCUCAAAGGAAUCUCAAGGCCACUUCGAGAAGCUGAGAUCAGAGUCUGAUGUCAGAAAGAGGGGCGUUCCACAAUCAGCGGGGUCCUGGCGUGGCGUGAAUCAUCGGACGUAUCAUCAGUGAGACUCCAGUGCAUGGACAGCCCACGAUCCUCAUUUAGCGAAUCCAUGCUUGGAACGUGGACGCGUGAUUAGAAUAUAGUUACGUAUAUAAGGAGGCUGGUUUCUGUGAUGAAUGGCUUAGCGUGAUUCACAUUGAAUCGGCUUGUUUUGCUGAGUCCUUAUCUCGUUCCUACAAAUGGUGACCCCGACGUGAUACUCUGAGCGGCGUACCACCGAGGUCGGGGAAAAUCCUGGAGCGGCCCAGCCGGAGGCGGAUCAUGAUCGCUGGACUGAGAACUGGGCGGAGGCGUACGGACGUUCCGCAUUUUUUUGAAGAAGUCGCCGUAAAGGGUGAGCGGCUGGGAGCGGGAGGAGGGAAGAGUGAAGUUGUAGGGCAAAAUAUAUCCUCUGAGGAAGGAGCCAUAGCUAAACUCCUCCUGCAUAUUCUCUCUAUGAGAGGACUUAAAUAUGAAGAAAGUAACAUCCGUAGACUGUUGGUUUAGUGUAGAACUAACGGCUACCCGAUAGAAGCUGAAAAAGCUUUAAAAAUUGAACUUUGGGACGAUAUAGGGCAGAAGUUAUGGGAUAAGGUUAGCAACGGAGAUAAAAAAGCUAAAUCACUAGCGACUACUUGGAAGCUUAUAUUGUCCGCUUUAAAAGAACUUAAGGCCGAACGGGCUGCGGUUACUGGAAUUUUUACAGCGUUACAGCCUGAUAAGAACUCUAAAAAUAACUGUGAAGCUUACCCAGUUCGUGUCUUUGAUCCCCUUCCUGACCCAACCCCUGUUGCACCCCCGAUGAUACAGCAGUCUGGGGCCGGGGGAGGAAAAUCACUCCGCAGAUGGGCCCCCAUACCAUCACACGACCCUGAAGAGACUAAGCAGUUCAAGGAACUGGAGUCAGAUAAUUUGUCAAAAGAACUGGUGAAAGCUGAGAAUGCUAAAGUCGUAAGUAAGUCUAAAAUCAGUCCUUUUACUGAUUCGUGUCCGCCUUUACCGCCUUCUACCCCUCUAACUCCUACGCCGGAGGAGAAGCAGUCGCCGAAAAAAAACUGGACUAAAGAACUGUGUGAAAAAUCAGAUCAGCUAUUAGCGAGUGAAUCCAACAGUCAGCAACGCGGUCAUGCUGAUCGUGACGGGAAAGGGGAUUCAUUGAAAGGGGCAGGUAUCCCACAACUCCUGGAAGAGACACUAAUUGACACACCACAACUACAGACACGACAAGUUUCUGAAAUCCUGAGCUAUGAGAGAGGUGUCUGAAACCAACAAAGCAGCCAAAUCAUUUGCAACUAUUAAUCAGGGUCCCAAUAAGAAUUACACGCAAUUUAUUGACCAUCUUCAAGAGGCCAUCAGUAAGCAGGUCGAAAACUUAGAAGCUAAGGAAGCAUUGGUGUUGAGAUUAGCAGAAGAGAAUGCUAAUGUUUGCUAUCAACAUGUUAUUUGCAAGUUUUACAGUACAUAUUAUGUGCUCCUGUGUAUUGCCUCUCUGAUGUUCAAGCAGCUUGUCCGGAAUGUGAGUUACUUGUUUCACUAGUUGCGAGCAGCCCUGUGCCUCCUUCCUCCCCGCCCACCCCCCUGCCUCCUCCUCCGUCCCUCCCUCCCUCUUCUCAAGGUUUUUACUUGCAAGAUGGGGUCAGGAAUAAUUGUUUUCAGUUGUGUUCCUAAAAAAUCAGUAUUGGGAGGUGUUUUAAAACUUAGGAAAGCACUCAGAAUUAUAAGGAAGGAAGAUCUUGUUAAAUAUUGAAAUCGGUGUUGGCUGCUGUAUAAGUUAAAUGAUUGGGAAAAGUGUCCGGAGAAUAGAAUCUUGUUGCGAUUAAUGUUGUUUUUGAGGCCAGAAGAGCAGGAUGAAACAAAUCUCUACAAGAAAUCAUUAAAUCAUUUCAGACAGUUUUACAGGUGGGGCGAUUUGAACUUCAACAAGCUGAGAGAGUUAACUGAUAACACGCAGGUCACAGUAAACUUGCUAAAGUCUGCAGGAUGCUUUCCUUAUUAACCUGUUUUCUUUGUGGGUAUCUGUUUAAGUGUGUUGCAAUUUUGGUAGGUCUGUGCUAUAUGGUACCAUAAGUUCCCAGUCUGUUAAAUCAUGAGAAUCCGUUGACUCAAAAUGUGCAUUUUGUGAUAGUACAAAAGAUCAUGAGUAAUUUAGCUCCUUACUGCGUGAACGUGAUAUUAAGAUUUUCUGUGUAGUAGCUGUUAUAUUUUUUUCUAGCAUACUGGCUUUAUUCCAGCAUUCAGACUUGCGCAACUCUGUUACAGGCUGUGUCUCAUCUCGAUGUGCUGGAUUUGAAAGAAUCCUGGUUUUGGAAUAACAGUUGUAGUGCACCCAGUAGUGCCUUGCCCAGUCCAGCUCGCUGCGGCGGCGGGGGGGGCGGGUGCUGAUGGGGCUCCAGCGCGCACUGACUUUUUUUGUCAGGGAGACCAAGAGGUACCUCCACCUGCUGAGCAGUGAGCGGCCCAAAGGUGCAAUGCAAAAAUUGAGAUAUUGUCUUAAAUUAGUGUAACUGUGAUCCAUCUGCACAUUUGAACUUGGUAUAUGGUUUUCAUAUCUGAGCUACGUAUUUUAGUUUGCAUAUUCAUAUUUGGUACCAAAAGAAUCUUGUUUGGGGAGAUAAUUACAAAAUGGGAACUGGUUCCACUGCUGAAAUUCUACCUUGUCUCACCUUAGGAUGCAUCCUUACACAUUAGAAUGAUUGCUUAUAUUGUUAGAAAAUCAUUUAAAUUGUUAAAAUGCUAUGAUAGAUAUGAAUUUAGAAGAGGUUGUAUUUAAAAGUUGCUAGAAUAUUAACUGAUUUAGAUUUAGGAAAAUAGAAUGAUGGAUUUAUGUUUGUUAUACUGGUUUAUACUGUUUUUUUGACAUCUCUAAAUUGUAAAAGGUAAAUGGAGCUAAGGAAAGUAACUAUUGCUGAGCUACUUGAAAUUGCAUUAUUAUUAUUGCAUUGUAUUAUGGUUGGAAUGAAAUGGGAAAACAAAAGAAACAAAAGAGUAAAAUAUCCCAGGCCUGUGUGCAGCUCAUUGUAACUGAGAAGUUUCCCAGAGCCUCCCACUUCGUACCAGCCACUAUGCCAGCUGCGUGACCUUGGUUAUAUCUAAACUGCAGCAGGAAGAGAAAGAAAAAACAACUGGAAAAACCUGGCUGCCCGCUUUUAAAGCAGUGAAAAGGGGGUUCUCUCUCCCCCCACUGCAGCGAUGUAAUACUGAAUGGAGCAGUCCAAGGGUGAAGUUUAAAGGCAUCCUUAGCAGACCCAUAGUUCUAAUGAAACUGGAAAAUUAAACCAAAAAUUUGUUAAUAGACUUAUUCUGUGGUAACUAGUUGUAAGAGACUUCUUAGUAAAUUCACCAUGCUAGUUUUUGAGAUCAUGGGAGAGAAUGAAAGAAAGACCAUUUUUUGAGACCAAUAGAAUGCCAAAUUUGGAACAAAAUUUUAAUACGUGAAUUCUUAUAGUUGCCAGUAAGUCCUAUACCUCUCUUAGGUUAAGAUUUGUUAAGUAAAUUGUAAGCUCAAAUAACGUUUUCUGAGAAUUCUGUUUAGUUGGAUGUCCUACAAGAAGCUGCUGGGAUGGUUCAGAUCUGCUUGUGCAAGUGAGAAAUCUCCAAGGAAAUUUCAAAUGCUGAAUUUCCACUAGUAUUAACAGCCAAUGUUUUGAUAAAGCAAAUACUACACUGAUAGAUCUGAAACAGGACUUUGAUCUGGUAAGGAAAAACAAUAUACGAUAAAUAUGACAGCCAAAAUGGAGUUGGACACUUUGAGGAAUCAAUUUAUGACACCUUUACAGGCUGUCUGCAUUCGAUUGGACUUGCAGAUUUGUCUAUGAAACAACCUGUGGCUAUUGUGGGACAGUAUGAUGAGAAUGCUAACAGACUGAUAUACCACUUGUCACUCUGAUCAAGAAAAUGCAGGGAAGGAAUUUAAGUCUUAAUAGGCCAUGAUCCUUUUGUCAUAUAUGUACUAUUUGUGAAACUGAAUUCUGCUUUUUUUUAUUUGUAAUCUAUGUCUUUAUAAAUUGCACUAGCUGGUUUUCUUAACAGCACAGCUUUUAGCAUGCAUAAAUGUAAAUUGCUGCAGAACCUGCAAGUCUUUAACAUCAGGCCAUAGGCCAUACUUGUAUUUGGUCUGAUCCUACAUACUUGCACAGUUUUGUUGAUGGUUCUGGGCAGUCUCAUAAAGCUGUAGUGGUUUGGCGUGAAGAUAACGAUUGGCAUCAUUCUGUAAAAAUUAUUGAAGGUUCAACCCAAUGAGCAGAACUUGGCUCAGCUUUACAUUACUUAGAGCUGUUUAAGGACGAACCUCUAAAUUUGAUUUGUGAUUUUGAGUACAUAGUCAAGAUCCAACGUAUGUAUCUGGUUCUGAACUUUUUUUGUUUGUUUGUUUGUUUUUAUAAAAAAAGGGGGGAAGUAGGGGAAACACCACAAAACCGAUUAUCAAAAGCAUUGUAUGUGAUGAAAUACUUUGCAAGUAUGACCCAAAACCAUGCUAAAUCAGAAAGAACCUACAUUAGUUAUGGUCAAAUCACUAGUCAAUGGAAAAGGCCUCAUCAAUUGAUAACCUGGGGAAAAGGUUAUGUUUGUGUCAUUACAGGCCGAGGAUUGAAGUGGAUUCAACAAAGAUUCAACGGAUGCAGAUGGACAGGAGGGAGAUAAGUUGUGAGGGCUGUUUCAGAUGUAAACCAUGGAUCCUAAUUCAGUGUUACAGAUGCUCACAGUCCUGGUGGUCUAGAAGCCUAUUAGCAAGCAGGUGGUGUACCUUCUGUGGAGAAUGGCAAUUUGAACAAUCAGCAGGAGAUCCAAAAGGGUGAUAUUAUGAUCAGAUAGUCAAUGCAUAGAUAAGGUAAAACUAUGAGAUAUCUCUUCCAUAGUAAUCUAAGAUUAGCAACUGAUAAAGUUUUAGAAGGGAUAUUAAGGUUAAGCUAUUGAUCUUUUAAAUAGGUUAAGAUAACUUUUAAGAUAUUAAUUCAAUUAUUAGUAUAUGCUGAUGGUAUUAAGUAUGUUACUCUAUAAACUGCGCAGUUAUAGAUACUUAGGAGGUUAAGAGAAAAUAUUGUAUUCACUUGUCUGGUUAUGUUGAAUCUAUUAAAAUAGUGUGUUGAUAAGGUUGUUAUAACGGAAUUAAGGUUUUAAGAAUAGGCAGGUAGUUGUUUGAUCUUAUUAAGUAAGGUUUAUUGGCCAAUGUUACCCCAGUCCACAAAAAGGGCUGCAGAGCUGACCCUGGCAACUCCAGGCCCGUCAGCCUGACCUCGGUGCCUGGCAGGGUUAUGGAGCAGAUCAUCCUGAAUGGAAUCACACAGCACCUUCAGGAUGGACAAGGGAUCAGACCCAGCCAGCAUGGGUUUAGGAGGGGCAGGUCCUGUCUGACCAACCUGAUCUCCUUUUAUGAUCAGGUGACUCACCUGGUGGAUGAGGGGAAAGCUGUAGAUGUGGUCUAUCUGGACUUCAGCAAGGCCUUUGACACUGUCUCCCAUAAUAUACUCUUGCAAAAGCUGGUAGCCCAUGGCUUGGACAAGUGUACUCUACGCUGGGUUAAGAACUGGCUGGAGGGCCGGGCCCAGAGAGUGCUGGUGAAUGGGGCUGCAUCCAGCUGGUGGCCAGUCACUAGUGGUGUCCCCAGGGGUCAGUGUUGGGUCCAGUCCUGUUUAACAUCUUUAUUGAUGAUUUAGAUGAGGGGAUUGAGACCAUCAUCAGCAAAUUUGCUGAUGACACCAAGCUGGGAGGGAGUGUCAACCUGCUGGAAGGCAGGAGGGCUCUGCAGAGGGAUCUGGAUAGACUGGAAAAAUGGGCUGAUUCCAAUGGGAUGAAGUUCAAUAAGGCCAAAUGCCGGGUGCUGCACUGUGGUCACAACAAACCCCUGCAGCGCUCCAGGCUGGGCACAGAGUGGCUGGAGAGCAGUCAGACAGAAAGGGACCUGGGGGGACUAAUGGACAGGAAGCUCAACAUGAGCCAACAGUGUGCCCAAGUGGCCAAGAAGGCCAACGGUAUCCUGUCCUGUAUCCAAACCAGCGUGGUCAGCAGGAAAAGGGCAGUGAUCCUUCCCCUGUGCUCUGCAUUGGUGAGGCCACACCUGGAGUGUUGUGUUCAGUUCUGGGCCCCUCAGUUCAGGAAAGACAUUGAAGACAUUGAAGUGCUGGAGCGGGUCCAGAGAAGAGCAACACGACUGGUGAAGGGACUUGAACAUAAGACCUAUGAGGAGAGGCUGAGGGAGCUGGGCUUGUUUAGUCUGGAGAAGAGGAGGCUUAGAGGUGAGCUCAGCACUCUCUAGAACUACCUGAAGGGAAGUUAUAGCCAGGUGGGGAUUGGUCUCUUCUCCCAGGCAGUUAGCAAUAAGACAAGGGGGCAUGGGCUUAAACUCUACCAGGGGAAAUUUAGGCUGGAUAUUAGAAAGAAAUUCUUUACAGAGAGAGUGAUCAGGCAUUGGAAUGGCCUGCCCAGGGAGGUGCUGGACUCACCAGCCCUGGAGGUUUUUAAGCUGAGAUUGGACAUGGCACUUAGUGCCAUGAUCUAGUAAACGGACUAGAGUUGGACCAAGGGUUGGACUCGAUGAUCUCUGAGGUCUUUUCCAACCCAGUCGAUUCUGUGAUUCUGUGAUUCUGUGAACUGCAUUAUAUGUAAUUGUAAUUAUGUUGUUAAUCACGUGUUCUGUGUUGCAGUAUAUUUCAAAAAUGAUGCACCGUGCGGUUUAAGGGGCCUGACUAAUUCAGGAAAAGAAAGGGGGAAGUGUGGAGGGGUUUUGAUAGAUAAAGAUUUGUUGCUGAAUUAGUCAGGCUCAAAGGAAUCUCAAGGCUGCUUCGAGAAGCUGAGAUCAGAGUCUGAUGUCAGAAAGAGGGGCGUUCCACAAUCAGCGGGGUCCUGGCGUGGCGUGAAUCAUCGGACGUAUCAUCAGUGAGACUCCAGUGCAUGGACAGCCCACGAUCCUCAUUUAGCGAAUCCAUGCUUGGAGCGUGGACGCGUGAUUAGAAUAUAGUUACAUAUAUAAGGAGACUUGUUUCUGUAAUAAAUGGCUUUAGCGUGAUUCACAUUGAA